AUCAGCGCUCGGUCUGUUAACUUCGUUUCCACGAAAACCUUUUUCCUUUAGAAGUACUUUUCCGCGUUUUUCCAGUUUUGCCCUAAUAUAUCCUAUUUGGCUUAUUUUCAAGCUCUCCAAUUUCUCUCAUUCUCGUUCAUCUCUCACUGAUAAUCCUCAGGUACAGCAGCUCCGCCGCAAGACCCAAUAGAUCUGCCGCAAAGUGAGGACUUUGUUACUUCUUAAUUAUCAGAUAUGUCGUCAUCAUAUCUCCCAGCUACUACCGAUUCAAUUGCUCAGGCUUUAGAAGCCAAAGCCCCAGCUGAAGCCAUCUCUAUUCUCUACCGCGUAAUUGAAAACCCGUCAUCUUCUUCUGAAGCUCUGCGGAUAAAGGAACAGGCCAUCACAAAUCUCUCAGAUCUUCUUAGACAAGAGAAUCGGGCAGAGGAUCUCCGAAACCUUCUUACUCAAUUGAGGCCCUUUUUCAACUUGAUCCCCAAGGCAAAGACUGCAAAAAUUGUUCGUGGGAUAAUUGAUACAGUUGCUAAAAUCCCAGGCACAUCUGAUCUCCAGAUUUCCCUCUGCAAAGAAAUGGUGCAGUGGACCCGUGCCGAAAAGCGUACUUUCCUACGGCAAAGAGUGGAGGCAAGGCUUGCGUCUCUUCUGAUGGAAAACAAAGAGUACUCAGAAGCUUUAAAUCUACUUUCAGGUUUAAUUAAGGAAGUGAGAAGGCUAGAUGACAAGCUUCUACUUGUGGACAUAGACUUGUUGGAGAGUAAGCUUCAUUUCUCUUUGAGGAAUCUCCCUAAAGCCAAGGCUUCACUGACGGCUGCAAGAACUGCUGCCAAUGCUAUAUAUGUUCCCCCAGCUCAACAGGGUACUAUAGAUUUGCAGAGUGGGAUCCUCCAUGCAGAAGAAAAAGACUACAAAACUGCUUAUAGUUAUUUCUUUGAAGCUUUUGAAGCUUUCAAUGCUCUUGAAGAUCCACGGGCAGUUUUUAGUCUCAAGUAUAUGCUGUUGUGCAAAAUUAUGGUGAACCAGGCUGAUGAUGUGGCGGGAAUAAUAUCAUCUAAAGCUGGACUGCAGUAUGUGGGGCCUGAGCUGGAUGCCAUGAAAGCUGUGGCUGAUGCCUAUUCAAAGCGCUCAUUGAAGCUUUUUGAGAGUGCCCUCAGGGAUUUUAAGGCUCAGCUAGAGGAAGACCCUAUUGUCCACAGGCAUCUCUCUUCACUUUAUGACACUUUGUUGGAGCAGAAUCUCUGCAGGUUGAUUGAACCAUUCUCAAGGGUUGAGAUUGCUCAUAUUGCGGAGCUGAUUGAACUGCCUGUUGAUCACGUGGAGAAGAAAUUGUCUCAGAUGAUUCUAGAUAAGAAGUUUGCAGGAACUCUUGAUCAGGGUGCUGGAUGCCUUGUCAUCUUUGAUGAUCCGAAGACUGAUGCAAUAUACCCAGCAACACUGGAAACCAUUUCAAAUAUUGGCAAGGUCGUGGAUAGCCUCUACGUUAGGUCUGCCAAGAUAAUGGCAUGAAGUUCUAGGGUUAGGAGGCAGUUUUCUAAUUGCCACCAUGUUUUCCUUGGUUUCAUUCUAAAGCAACUACUGUGGCUUUUCAUUUGAUAUGCAUGCUAGAUAGAUUUCUUUUGUUGUUUUUAGUUAAUUUAUUUUUUUGGCUAAUUGUUGGAUCCAUUUUAUGCUGGAGAACAUUUAGUGAACAAAAUUUGCAUUGGCUGAUCGGUUUGUUGGAUUUCAUGAAUAGGGAUCAAUUUGUAAUUUUACAGAAGUUUGUCCU